UCUCUUGAUAUUUUUAAUUUUACCAGAUCGGCCUCGUGGUAAUGUUGUUUCGCGAUUACAAAUUAUUUAAAAUACUCUUAUCAAAACUGUUCUGUCUUAUCUUAGUCCGUGGUUUUGAGUGUUUCGACCGCGAUUAAAGACAUCUUUCAACGGAAAUUCGUAAAUUAAAUAUUUUAUUUUAUUACUUAACUAACUAAAUGACUUCCGCGUUGGACGUGAGAGUAGCCACUGCGUUAAAAAAAUUAUUUGAUGAAGGUGCUCUAAUUUCAAGAAUGUGCUGUAAAGUAAAGAAAAAAUUUAGAGGAGAGAAACUUUUUAGACGCCUCAAACAAAUUAGUGUUUCUAUAAAAAAACUCCAUCAACUAAACAUCUCCGAGGCUAUAUUUGAUAAUGGUAUGCCCAUAAAACAAGCUUCUCAGUGGGCUGGUGCUCGUAUUUUACCAGCAUUAAAUCUAAUCAAUCAACUACAGCAGUUCAGUGAAGGUACAGCUCAAUUGAUAGUGAAAGUCUUCCAGAAUGGUCAAUGUUGGUUAGAAAUGAAUAUUGCCCUUGCUAUGGUCAGCAGAGUGUGGAUACUUACCAAAUCGUUGAACAAAUCAUUUUCACUGUCCUGUCAAAAUUUUACACCUCUACUGAAUCAAUCAAAAAUGUCUGAAACCCAAUGGCUACCAAAUUUUGAACAACCUGAAUGUUUAAAUAAUAAUAUAUUAGAAAAUAGCCAAAGUGAGUCAAUUGUGGAACUUGUAAAAAGACCAGGAUCUGUUAUGUGUCGUAAACCAGAACCAGAAGACCCAGUUAUAAAAAAAAGAAAAAGAUCUGGAAAACAUAUUAGAAUGUUACAAGAGAAACAUAAAAAUAAAAUUAAAGUUGUUAAAAAACAAAAAACUAAAUAAUUAUAUUAUAUAACAUUAUUUUUAUAUACAUAUUUUUUGUAAAUGGGGUAAAACUAGUGAUAUACAAUUUUAGUACA